AUGUUAGUUUGUGCUGGUUUAUUCAUUCAGAAUUUUCUAACUUGCAUUGUAGAGAAUAAGGGUUUGUAUGAUCCAGACCUUUAUGAAGGAGACAUGAUUCUCACGCCUGAGCAACGCAUGGCGGCAGAAAUGGGACUGGAUGUAGACAAUCCAAUGGGAAAAGCUGCGACUAAAAACAGACAGUGGCCUGGAGGGGUCAUGGCGUACGUCAUCGACUCAAGUCUAUGUACGAUUCAAUUCUUUUUCUUUAAAUAAAUAUUCCUAAUUUAACACUGAUUCAACAUAACAGCGCGAUUUUUCAGAAGCAAAUGUACAGUUUUUCAUGUUCUGUAACCCUUAUUUAUCCACGUAAUUUAUGGAUAGUUUACUUUACAAUAUAAUCUGUUAUGACUGUAGUAACCUUUCCUCUCUGCCCGUUCUCUGCCCGCCUCGUCUAGCUUUUGCUAUUUGCAGGUAAAGAUGGCAAAACGAUGAGUAUGAAAAUAAAGUAUGAUAUGUGUAGAUUGGCAUUCCACUUAUUCUUCUAUUCAUAAGUGUUCUGAAGCAGAAAAUUCCCACCAAAGUGUUUCAGUGCAACGAGGAGGCUGGAUGAUCAAUGGUCGGCUUCUUGAUAUUGUAAGUCUGGGGUGUGUCGACACCAUAAACAGUCUUAGUAAGAUAGAUCAGUAAUCAAAAAGUUCAUUUUUGGAGGUGAGUUGAAUCUAGAGUCAAUGUAAGGACUUUAUCCCGGAAAAGAAAACUGCUGUCGUACUCCAUGAUAAAGGGGUUUCCUAUUAAGCGGGUGUUCGUAAAGCAAACUAAGACUGUUCAAUGGAAAAGACUUGACACCUUUUACUGCAGUUGAAUUAGUCAUGGCUGCUUUUUUAUAUUUUCCAUUCAGCUCGAGAUUCCAAAGCCAUGAGUGCCAUCAGAGCGGGAAUGGAGGAAUGGACCAGCAAAACUUGCAUCAGCUUCAAGAGAAGAACAAAUGAAGAGGCUUACGCUAAUUUUAAGCUUGGCUCAGGGUAAAUACCUUGCAUGUAUCACACCAGUAAAUAAUACGGAAUAACCAUUAAAAUAAUAUGAUUUAUACGUGAAUGUAAUGGCUUUUGCUUUAUUGUCAUAUCAUGGUAGCUGUACAUCUUAUGUUGGACGAACUGGUCGCCGUCAAGAUAUCAAUCUCGGUCGUGGGUGCUGGUCCCGCGGAAUUGUUGCUCAUGAAAUCGGUGAGUGAAGAAAAGCAGGGCAGACAUAGUCGAAAACUGUAAACUGUUUAAAACAUGAGAUAUAAAGGCCUUGUUCUCUAAACUUCAAAAGACACCAAUAACUUCAAAACAUCUACGGAAAAUCUAUUUAUUCUCAUUACAAUCCGGCCUUCGGUUUUUUAAUAUGUUGGACAUCGAUUAUCUCGUACGCAGAUCUGACUCUAUCUUAGCUUACCCGUUGGACUACUAUGCGCGUAUGCUGAGAUAUGGAAUCAGUUUUGAUCGUUUUCUUUGCUUUCAGGGCAUGCACUAGGAUUCUAUCACGAACAGUCACGGCCUGACAGGGAUGAUUACGUCACUAUCAUGUGGGACAACAUCAUUGAAAGUAAGCUAGAACAAAAGAGUAUUUCGUAGUUUACACUACGCAUGUAAUUUAGUCGAGCGAAUUCCUUUUUAGAAAUAUAUAUAGUAUUUCAACUUCUUCCAAUCAAUGUUUGUAGCUCUGCAUAAGCUAUAAUUAAUUUGUAUCCUAAUUAAAAAAAUUGAAACAGAAACAGAACAUGUUUAUGUGGUUCUAGUAUCGUUACAUCAAAAGGGAUUCAACGUACUAUUUUGGAAAUUUUGCUGUGAUUACAUCAAUUCUCAUGUUCAACAAGCCGACCUAGUCUAUUUUCCUUCUGAUUUUCUUGUCUUAGUCUAUUACUACAUUGUAUACUUUAUAUAAUUCUUUAAACUCGUUGAUAAUCUUUAGAAUACAAGUAUGCUUUCAACAAGUAUAACCGUGGAACAAUAGACUCUUUGGGAACUAAAUAUGAUUAUGGGAGCGUGAUGCAUUAUGGAACUAAAUAUUUCAGCAAAAAUGGAAAACCUACGAUCGUCGUCAAGAAGGCUGGGGUAUGUAAUCAUUCGAUCUUUAAGUUGUGGAAAAAAAUCAAUCUCAUUUUUUCUACGGCCUAAUUGACUAUCACUGAUAAAGAAUUAUUAAACAUGCCUUAUUAUCUUACUUAACUGGUAUUUAGUUGGGAGUAUCCAUAGUAUAUACCUAGCCGGAAGAGUGCAACCAUUGCUUUUUUUUUUCUUCUCCUCCUUCUCUUCUCCUCGCUCUUUCUUUUUCUCCUUUCGUUUUCGUUCGUUACUGUGAUUUUGGAGCUUCUCGGGCUUGAGAAACCUGACUUUUGACGCCUUUUCAAUCAAAUGGUUGGUUUUCAAAAAAUCGGGUAGAUAUAUCAUAAAGGGAAAAAAUACAUGAAACAGAAAUAAUCAAGUAAGAAAAUAAACGCUACAAUAGGUGAAACUUUUUUUAAGAAAAUGUUAUUUUGCUUAUUUUGUCAGUGACUGACCCCAAAUCAGUUUGAUGCGCGAAUUCUUUAUUCUUAAAGAGAGCAAAGACAAUCUUAUAUUCUGGGUUCCAUAUUUACGCUUUGGAUUCCAGAUUCCAGGUAAUGGAUUCUGGAUUUCAAUGGUAAGUGGGAUUCCGGAUUUCAAUCGUAAGUGGGGUUCCAGAUUCCUAGAACUGAAUUCAAGAUUCCAAAUCCCGGGAUUUCCAAUUCCACAAGCAAAAUCUCGCUGGAAUUCCUAAAUUCGGAGUACAUUACAUAGGCCAAGACCGCGCCGUUUAUGCAAAAAUCACCCGGAUAUUCGUAGUCCUAAACUGGGGAAGAUGCAAAUUUUGUCCAACAGCUGGUAAUAACAGAACAGUUUAAAACACCAGCUUCACCAGUUUGUUGCCAUCAUAAUGUAUUGCUCAAAAGUUGCUUUCCGCUUUCUGAAGUUGUUUUGAAUUUUUUUUUAACAGGCUACCAUAGGUCAGCGGGAUGGUAUCAGUACAAUAGACGCGCAGCAAAUGAACCUGCUCUACAAAUCACAUUGCAAUGGUGGUGGUGGAGGAGGCGGUGGCGGAGGUAAGUGGCAUAUUCUUUGUACAACUGUUUAUAGGAUGACAUAGUUGUGACUGCUACUUAACUGCUUGAAUGGCAGGAGUAUGUCACAAAACACAGCAGGGGCUUAUCUGUGUAGGAGGCCCGAGGUAAGCACAGUUUUCCAAAUUAACCCUAUCCCUUUUUCCCAAGUCGUUUCCAUGCAAGUGACAUGAUUAAAUUUUUGUUUUCCUAUCAGUAUCGUGAGGUAAUCACCUUAGUCUUGGACUUCAGCAACGGUUUGUGACUUUUGCGUGUGGCAUGGUUGGAGAAAACUCUGUAUUUUUCUGCAAAAAAUUGCAAUUAAUUGACUGAAGUUAAAGUUAAGUAGAGUUACAUGCCCAUUGUGUGUUUCUACCAAUUUGUAUUUGCCGUCUGCUUUCUGUUCAAUUCCUUUGCUUUGUAUUUCUACUUCAUUUUUUUUCUUCAUGUCUUAACCUGAUGGGGAUUAUCCUCGAGUAUAGACCUUUUCACGAUUUUUUUUCAACUUUUGACAUGGACAAGUUGGGGAAAAUCCGUCGACAACACUGAAAAGAGCUCCUUAAAAUUAUUAAAAUUGUCAAGUUCGAAUGUGAUUUGUUGAAAACUAACGAAGAUACAGCUCCCCAAAGUGGCGCGAAAUUUCAGAGGAAUUUGUAUGGGGGCGGGCACAAAAACUUGCCCCCCGCCCCACCAUACAAACGUCUGUAAAUUUUCGAAACUUUGUGGCGUUAUAUCUUCGCUCGCUAAAGGCGUAUCACUUUCAAAUUUGGCAAUUUAUUAAUUUUAAGGCCCUCUUUUUAGUGGUGUCGACGGAUUUUCCCUAACCUGUCCAUAUAAAAAGUUGAAAAAAAAAAAAACUUGAAAAGGUCUGUUCCAGAGGAUACGUUUACUCCAAAACUGGCGAUGGACUUUUACUUUCUCUUGUUUGCUAUUAAAAUAAAAGGUAGCUGCGUAGACAAGGACGACAGGUGCUCACACUGGACGAAAUAUUGCAGCAGUCACAGAUACGUGAGAGAAAACUGCAAAAAGACCUGCAAACUGUGCUGAGCACGCGAAAAUGGAGGCAAGUUAGUAUUCACUUUAGAUUACUUUAAUUAAAAUGUUUCUCCGCAAUUUCUCUGACUACAGUUUUUCCAGUCAGUGAUCACGUGGCCUUAAAAAAUGUAUUGAGCGCAGAAUACGACUUUUUCAAUUUGUUUCUGUGAAGCCUCAAUGUUCCCAGAAAAUGAACCCUCUGUUUUAUACAUCGAAUGCAUAAUUAUUCACCUGUAAUAAUCCAUUUUUUAAUGGACACUAAGGUUAUUUUUAUAUUGCGCCUCUACUUUAGCAUCGACCGAGAAAAGCAAAAAUACUUGCAGCUCUAUUGUAGCAAGAAAAAUUCACACGCCAAUUUUUCCCCAACGGUACAGGCUUAUUCAGACUGGUUCUUUACCUGACAUGUUGUCGUUUUGUUUACAUAUUGCAGUUAAGCAAUUAAAGAUGAAUUAGGCGCUUUUCGUUUCUUGACAAUCCCUUUUAUUUGGUAUAGUUUAAUAAAUUUGCGUAUUUGAUUUCUUGCAGAUCACUUGCCUCAGGAAAUAAAACUGACUGGCUUUCAAAAAGAAGUGGUUAUUUAACAAGUACAAUGAAUAAAUAAAAGAGCAUUAAAAGUUUUUUAGGAGGUUUUUCUUUUGCAUUUUUGUCCUCAAUUCGACCUUAGAAACGAGAAGAGGUCUGGUGCCGAAAUGUGUCCCAAAUUGCUUCUGGGAUCGUUACCGGAGAACGCGUCGGUGAGCUAUUGGCCAAAUCUCGUACCCAGAUCUCCCACGUGUAAAACAGAGUGAGAUCUGGGUACGAGUUUACUAUUGGCCAAGUUCUUCCCUGUCCUUAGUAACAGUCCCGGCUAGACGGGUUCAGUAAAGUGGCCGAAACAUGUGCACAUUUGGGAGAAGGUUCUUUAGUCAGAUUUUGUUGUCAGAUUAACGAGAGAGUUCCUCGUAAAAAUGCCACCAACUUUUUGUCACUACCAAAAUUCCUUCCUAUAACGGGUUCCAACUAAGCAGGGUACAGAUUUUUGCACUUCCGGGCAAACUCUAGAAAAACAUAAAUGCGUCAGCCAGGGAUCCUUGAAAAUAAAGAAUACAAUGAUACAUGGAAAGUGCUGCUUUAACGCCUUUUUUCUCAACAUCAUUACAAAAAGGGUGGGUAUAAGCGACCGCCCUGUUCAUCCCACCCCAAACAAGGUUUAAAUAAUAUUUUGGUCCAAAAUCGAAAAUAUCCCCGAAGACCAUUUUUAAGAAUAUUUUCCCCAAAGAAAUCGGUGAAAAAAAAUUUAAAUUCUAGAUGAAAUUUGUAUAGGUAAUAUCAUGAUUUGUAUAUUUCAAAAUUGUUAUACAUAAUUUCACGAGCCGUUAGGAGAGUGAAAUUUGAGACAAUUUUGAAAUGUCACGAGUAGUAUUUAUGCCAAAUAUCAGGCACAAAUCAUGCUAUUAUUUGUUUAUACUACUACCCACAAAAGGGUUGUAAUUUUCACAUGUAGGUAUUUCAAAUUAAGCUGAAAUGCUACUGCUCUAAGCCAAUCAAAUUGCAGAAAUUUCUUAUGUAGUAGUGUAAAAAAGCUAAUCCUUGGGAAAAACCUAAAUUUGGCGACCAUCUUAAAUAGAAAAUUUAAAGUAUAGAAAGGCUUGUUUUGUAACUAGAGGAUGACUCAAGACAAGUUCGAGGCUUAUUCUUCCGAAAGAGUCAAAAGCCGACAUUUCAAAUUUUAUGCAAAAAUCAUGGGCUAACCCCUUUGAAAAAAUUCAGCGUUGCCGAAGAUCUAAAAACGGCAUUUUUAUAGUCUAGAAAAGCUUGUUUUCUAUCCAAAACAUUACCAAAUACCAUUUCUAAGCUUAUUGUUCGCCCUAAAAAGAUUAAAUAAAGAACAAGCACUGAAAUAAUUUCAAAUUUUUGACCUAAUUCAUGGGUUAACCUUUGAAAAAUUCCAAUAUUGUAGACUACCUAAAAUUGACAUUUUUAUAGUCUAGAAAGAUUUUUAUCUAAUCAUACAGAAAAAAACAAUAUAACAAUACUGUCCAGUUUCAAGAUCGGCGCAGCACAACUUCACUCCGUCAAGGAAACCGCGCCGAAAUUAGUUACUAAUUUCAAUAAGUAACUAAAUUUCAAUUAGUCACUAGAAUGUUUUUAAAGAAAGGGCACAGCUCAGACUAGCAGAAAUGUAAUUGCUUUUUACUUGUAAAUUGGCUCCUACAAUAUUCUUAAAUUAAAAUUUCUUUUUUUAAUGCUUUUCUUAAAAAUAAUUCUUUUGUUUUGUAAAUUUUCACAUAAUAUGCAUAAUUAUAUUUUCUUAGUAAAUUCACAGAUGUGUUUCUACCAUGUAGAGAAACCGUGAAAAAAUUAUUAUUAUUAUUAUUAUUAUUAUGAUUAUGAUUAUUAUUAUAAGUGUUCAGUUCAUGAGACUGUUUCUUCUCCAAGGGCCGCGAGUCCAAUCCUUGGACCUGGGGCACUUGGGAGUUUCUUUGUCGUUAUUGUCACGUGACGGAUAGGACUUCCCGUAGAAUAUGCACCAUUCCCAUUGACGCUCUUGUUUGAAUUUCCCAGAGGUUUAAAAUGUUCCCUGGAAUUUCCCUGAUAAGCUUUUCUGAGCCUUUCUUAAUUACCCCUAACGCACUUUAACAACCACUGGAAUUGGUUCUGUCUUCAUCUGCCACAUUGUGAUAAAAUUUAUUAUUAUUAUUAUUAUUAUUAAGGCAUUGAGAACUCUAUUUAAUUUUCCUCUUUGUUCGUAAUUUUCUUAGUAAGAAUGCAAUUGACCUUGAAAGUAGUUUUUUUAAAAAAAUCGAAAUGGAAAUUUUUUUUAAUUAAAUGGAUUUUUUCUAAUCAAAACUAGGUGUUUUUUAAAACGAAAGGAAUUGUAUUAUUAUAAUAGUGUUUUGACGAAAUAGUUUUUUUGAAGUGAAUGAAUUGCAAAUAGUCAUUAUUAUUAUUAUUAUUAUUAUUAUUAUUAUUAUUAUUAAUCACCGUGUGAACAGUCAAUGCCCUAUCCGAUAUGGUCAGUUUUUGCCGGCGCAAGAGCUCUCCGGUCGAUAGUGUAGACAUUAAAAGAAUCAGUUACAAAUUAAAGAAAAAUAAACAGAGCAACAACAACUUAACAAAAAAGACAUUGAAAUCCAAAGUUGCCUUGCUGCAGUCUAGAUUUAUUGGAUUUAGUUCAGUAUAAUUAAGUGUACGCCAGGGAAAGUUAAGCUUAAAAAUUGCGCCGAAAAAAUUAACACUGUUAGUGAAUACAAAUGAGUACGAUAUCGAAAACGUUUUUUCUCUCUUAGUCAAAGUCUUGGUCAAACAGUUUAAAAAUACAAACACUCGCCUAGAGGUUCACGACCGCACGGCUGUGUAAGCUUUCGUGCAUGAUUUUUUUUAAAGGUAAGAUAGCAUUCUAAUCUAUUGAGCCCAAUUUUUUCAACUUAGUUAAAGAGAGCAGUCUAGGUUAUAGUCAGAGUUAUAUACGUCUGCCAUGCAUAUCGGUGUCCCAAAACAAUGAAAUUAUAGCGGCCAUGUUCAAAAGUAUUCCAAGCCAGUCCAGUGGCCGAUCGAGUUGAACCUUAUUUGUAUGUAAACUUUCUUUUGUUCCAAUAAAUUUGCGUAGCUGCUACGUGGGUGAAAACGCUUUUUCUCUCUCUACCGUGUGUAUAUAUUCACAUAUAGAUCAGUUUAUUGUAUAUAAAUAUUUUAUUGUAGCGUUUGUCUUCAGGUCUUUCUUAAUGUCAAUAACCUAAACAAACUAGCGCAAAUUUCCGUGAAUAGAAGAAAUCAUGAUUUCUGACAAGAAUGGCUUUUUUUUAAAACCGCAAAACAGUGAAUAAGGUCAGUGAAGGGGGCUCAGGGUGGGGACUUCAGUAUUUUUCUUUUUAUCGUGACCACCCUGAUAAGAAACGCAAUGCAAUAACUCCGGCGCUCAACAUCUCUGAAGUCCAAUUUAACCAAAGCUAUAACCAGGGCGUUAGAUAUGAUAACAUCCGCUUAUUAGGCGUGAAAAAACACUUCAAAAACUCCCCUAUUAACUUUUUCUGGUUGAUAUAUACUCAUAAAGAGAGAGCUUUAAUUUAGAUUUUAGGUCGACAACGAGUACGUGUGUGAGAUUUAACUUAAAGUUUCUGCGCGUGUUCCGUUGAAAAAAACAAAAAACAAAAAAAAGACACCCCAGAAAGCUUCAGCUUCCUUUUUUUUCACCGAUACUGAAGGAGGUUAAGCGCUCUCCCGAUAACAAAAUGAUAAAUCUUCUUCUUUCAUUUGAUAACUUGUUCCCGCCACUACGACAUUCUAGCUAAAUCCCGUUGUAGGAUGACGACGGCUAUCACUUUUUCCCGCCAAAAUGACGUUGUUUCUCGUGUGAGCAGUACUCAGUAUUGAGAAAAUCUCGCCCUCUUAGUCGUCCUCAUCUCAGAAUCUUAAGCUCUCUGUGGGGAGGACGACAAGAAGAGGGGCUCGGGAGGUUAGGGUAAAGGGGGUAAGGAAAGGGGGAGAGAAAAGAGCGAGAGGUGAGAGAACUAAAAUGGUGGGAAGCGGGAGAAUAGGGGGAAAUUACGCAGCAAGGCCUUGAAAUUUCGAAAUAGAAAAGGUCCAAAGGGUUAAAGCCAAGAAAAAAAGGGCAGGAGCCAGGGGUGCAAGGUACAGGAGGCGGGAGGCUUGGACCCCCUAGUCUAACCCACUAUUUAAGAGCUAUAUAUUUGCAUUACUUCUAUUUUACAUCCUUUCGAAGCCCCCCCUUCCCUAAAACCCUAAGCCCUAAGAGCCAUUAACAUUUUGUGUAAACUAGUUAAUUGAAUUUACCAAAUGUGGCUUUUCAUCUGGAACAUAUGUUCAAAAAUACACUCUACUUAUUUAUUUAUCAUGCCAGUGCAAUUUCCACCACAUUUAAACUAUAAUCGCAAACAUCAAACAGACAAGUUACACAUCUGCACAGGUGAGAUGAAUGCCUUUCCAAUAAAUUCUCAAGUAUUUUAGCAAAUCAGCCAUAAGUUGCUUCGACCCGGUGUGACGACUGAGCACUGAGUACCAUGAAGUGGUUGUACUUUGUCUUUGCAUUGUACUUGGCGUUUGCUGCGUCCGAAAAUCCAGACGGUAAGACUUAUUUGUAUAUACUCUUUUUUAUCUUUCUGCCGAUUUUAGGCUGAAAAUAUUCUUGUAUUAUUCUUAGAUUACAUAGCUUAUGACAUUUCCUUUUUAUGAUAUAUUGGGGUAUCAAUUAUAGUUAGCCCAGGUUUUUUCGUUUUGUUGUGUAGUUUUCCCCUUUAGAGAAUGGAAUCAGUUGAAACCAUAUAAUUGUAUUGUAUUUUCAGCUUUUGAACAGACAAAAAUAUAUCCUUUUCAAUAUCUCAGCCUGGGGUUAAUUCUUAAAAUAUUCUUAAAAUUUCGCAAAUUUCAGCCUCGAUAUCUCUUAUAAAAUAUUUUCUUAUAGUGUAACUUGCUAGUUUAAGAUCGCGUAAAAGAUCUAGACAUCCAAAAAGAACACAAAGCCGCUAACACCCCAUUUUAACAGACCCAGUGGAAUCGACAUCUUCACCGGGUUUUCUUAAAAAAAAUAUCUUAGGUCAGUUAAUUUUCUCGAAUUUUCCAUUGUGUUUGUUUUCCAGUGUACCUGCUAUCGUCAUACAGUUUUCUAAAUUUUUAUGAUGGGAGGCACUGCCUUAAUCCGAGAGAGGAAAGUGGAACUGUUGUAGAGAAUUAGUUAGAAUUACAGCUAACUAGUGAACGUCGUAGAUAGUACUCACUGAGAACUCAAAUUGCACUAUAAGAGAACUCCGCACCUACGGUCAAAUAAUGAAAUGAAUCAAUCAGCAGGGUACACAGAACGAAACGUACGUCGUGAAGCGCGGGAAAUAAAAUAAUUUAGGCAACAGGGCAAGUGUCGAGUAGUUUUGAGAUUUGAGUGAGAUUUUCCAACCAUCCUAAUUGCGUGGACUGAUUUUUCAAAAGCCGCUAUCGUAGCCCCGGAAAUAAAAUAGAACCAGAGAGUUUUGUAUUGGUAAGGUCAUGUUAAUUUGAGCUGGAUUAUUAAUAUUAACCUUGGGCCAAUGUUGGUUUGUGCUGGUUUACUCAUUCAGAAUUUUCUAAUUUGCAUUGUAGAGAAUGAGGGUUUGUAUGAUCCUGACCUUUAUGAAGGAGACAUGAUUCUGAGGCCUGAUCAACGUGUGGCGGCAGAAAUGGGACUGGAUGUAGACAAUCCAACGGGAAGAGGCUCGACUAAAGGCAGACAGUGGCCUGGAGGGGUCAUGGCUUACGUCAUCGACUCAAGUCUAUGUACGAUUCAAUUCUUUUUCUUUAAAUAAGUAUUAAUUUAGCAUAGCAAAUGUGGAAGCAAAUGUACCGUGUAGAUUGCUAUUCCAUUUUUUCGUUUAUUCAUAAUUGUCCUGAAGCAGAACAUUUCCAUCGAAGUGUUUGUAACGAGGAGGCUGAUUAAUGGCCAGCUUCUUGAUAUUGUAAGUCUUGAGAGUGCCGUUAUCAUAAACAGUCUUAGUAAGAUAGAUUAGUAAUUAAAAAUUUCAUAUUUGGAUGUGGGUUGAAUCUAGAAUGUAAGGGCUUUACCCCGGAAAAAGAAAACUGUCCUACUCCAUAAUAAGGAGGUAUUCCUGUUAAGCGGCUGUUUGGAAAGCAGAGUAAGACUGUUCAAUGGACAAGACUUGCCCCAAGCAGUUGAAUUAGUCAUGGUUGCUUUUUAUAUUUUCCAUUCAGCUCGAGAUUCCCGUGCCAUGAGUGCCAUCCAACAGGGAAUGGGGGAAUGGACAAGCAAAACUUGCAUCCGCUUCAAGAGAAGAACAAACGAGAGGGCUUACGCUAAUUUUAAGCUUGGCUCAGGGUAAACAUCUUGUAUUUCACCAGUAAAUAAUUUACAAUUAGUCUUUGAAAUAGAGAUAAAUAUUCCUUAAGCCAUGGUAAUUCUCAAGUUUACAACUGCCUAAUGGUUUAAAUGCAGAGAUGCCAACCUCUGGAGACCUAAAAUCGGGAGACUGUCUUUUUUUUCACUACCCCCCCGGAAUUACAACGAGUCCCCCCCCCCGAAAACUUGACCCAGCCCGCAACCCCCAAUGGGAAUGACUUAGGACAUUAUAGGACGUCUUACAUGAUGUACAAACUGUCAAAAUUCGAAAUCAUUGUUUUGAUACUGGAAAUAAUCUUUGUCAAUGACUAAAUACGUGCAAAAAUGCCCCAGAAACCGUACUGCGAAUAUGAAAAAUUCAAGUUUUGGGCCAAAAAUGGGCUAAAUCUCAAACUAAGUUUGUUUUAUUUUUUACUAAGUAUUCAAUAUUUAUAGUGGACUUAAAAAGCGGGAGAUUUAUGUACCAAAACGGGAGAGCGGGAGACGAGGCAAAAAAGCGUAAGUCUCCCGCCAAAAGCGGGAGAGUUGGCAUCACUGUAAAAAAUGGAACCGUUAAAAGUUUGAAUUGUUUCCUUAACUGAACAGAAAAGUAGAGCUUUGUUAUUUUCUGUUAACUUGACAAGUUAGUGAAAAAGGUUUCUUGUGUCGCUCUUCGCAUGAAGUGCUGACAUGGCGGGAUCGGUAGCCCGAGGUAAGGCGUCGUUUUCCUGUAGGAUUCUUUGUAUUAUUAACUUGAAACUCAUCAUGAUUUCCCCAAACAUUUGCUUUUAUUUUCGUUUGUUAUAAAUAAACUUCGAUUUCUGGGCAAAAGUUUUCUUGUUAGGAAACGCUGAGUUCACAAAACGGCCUCUUUUACUCGAAUGAAAAGUAGUUGUAAACAUUCCAUCGAGCAAAAAAAAUCAGCUAAUAAAAGUAAAAGGGAAAACGCUGUUUUGAAUCCUUGGAAUUCUUUUCUUGCCUUAAAAACGUCAACCCUAGGAUUCUGAGGACUUUCGAAAGAUCGUUCUCUGCAAAAAUUGGAAAAACACCGAGCUCAUUAUCCACUCGCUAGGAGGUGAACCGUUGUUGAACAGCCCGAGAUAGCGAACCAAUCAGAUUGCUUUAAACACCAAGUUCACUGGUGAAUAAUUGUUUUAGUACAUACACACGAAGUGAUCUCAACAGAAUCAGAAAGGAAACUAUUAAAAAAAACAAUUAGUUUGAUUGACGGGUGAGUUCAUGCGUAAACAUGUAGCCGUAAACAGUAGAUGUACAAAAGCUAGAUCUUUACAGUAUUUUCAAACAUGGCAAAUAAUAGUUUUAAUUUUGUUCUAAAAUUUACAGUGUUCUCCCUAAAUUUUAGCUCAGCAGGUAAAAGACCAUUCAUAGCUAGUAAGGGAGAAAAAUAAGGCCCAGAGGUGCAAUUUCCUGAGGGGGAAGGGGUAGUGAGGGACAUGGCCCGACCCUAAGAGUAGCUAAGUUCUUUAAAACGCCAUUCCCUCAUUUUAAGACCUAUUUUACGUAUCCUUAGACAACAAUUUAAAACGUUCGAUUCCAAUAAUUCUACUCUGUCUUCAAUGACCUCUUUUCAAAAUGCGUGGCCCAUAAAAAGAAAAGCCGUGUAUACCUUAGUACUUUUCCAUAUACUGUAUUCAUUCACUUCCUUGAUCGGAUCGAAUCACAACUUGCGUAUUUUUCAAACUACUCAUAUAAUUUUAGUUAAGCUUAAAGCGCUUGCAGACGGUAAGAAGUGUUGCUUCAGGCGGUAAAUUUUACAGGUUACUGCCUGAUAAGGAGAACACUGACUACUUUAGCAUCAAUGAUUGAAAAGAAAAUGUUGAAAGUUAAAUAUCUCAGGGGCACCCAACGAGGAUAUAGUUCAAAACCACUUAACAUAGCAUUGUUGAAGGUAUUUUAGUAUUCAAACGGUAAAUAUAGGCAUAUUUUUAUCCCCUAAAAGCUUUUCAUCUGUUCGGAUUUCCUAGCUGAGAGUCUAGUGAUCCGAAAAUUAUAGGGAUAAAAACUUACCUUCUCGAAAAUUUCAGCCAGGAAAAGGCUCCCGAAAAUUCUAGGUGGCCUUUUUCAGGGUCAAAAUCCGUUAAAAAUGGGUAAUUAUACCAUUUUGUCGAUGUUCGAAAAUCCUAGGAGAGGCAGACAAGCAAGAAAUUUUACAGCAAAUGCUCCGAAAACUCUAGAUCUCAAAUCGUCUUCCGAACAGAUAUUUUCCCGAAAAUUGCCGUUGGGUGCCCCUGAUAUCUGCCCCUUUCUGAGAAAAACACAGAGCUCUAUUAAUUUCCUUCUGUCGACUCACCGUGAAUAGGAAAGGUAUUUUUGUCGCUUCUUGCAAAAAUAUAAAUGCUGUCAACAGCGGCUACGAUCGUGGUGGGCGUCGUUUAUCCGCAGUGUUCUUUUUCAUGUCAACUUGCUGGCACGUACAAUUUUCGAAAAUAUUUGCUUUCCUCGUUUCCACCACAAAUUAACUUCUGUUUCUAUACAGAAUUGGUCUUGCGAGGACAUUCCGAGUUCACAAAACAGUUAAAAAGCGGCCUCGUUUUCCUCUGUAGUGGUUAAAACAUUGCUCCGCGUGUAUGAAAGUCAAAUCACAGUAAAUCACAUUAAAUCACUUCAUAAUAAAUCACGCUUGUUUAAACACCCUGAAGUCUUUUCUUACCUUCAAUACCAUCAACCCUGGGAUAUUAUUGUAUUUUCAAAAAGUUCUUACUCUGAAACUUGGCAUAAAAAACACCCAGGUAACGACAGCAAUUUUGUUUUGCUUUAUAUUCACCACCUAGCGCGGUGAAUAUAACGCCAUAGCCUGAGAUAGCGAACCAUUUAGAGUGCUUGAAUCACCAAGAUCACUGCGUGUGUAUAAUAUACUAAAUGCUAAUACGAAAUAAUCAUUAACAUAAUAUGCUUUAUGCGCGGUUGUAAUGACUUUUGCCUCAUUGUCACGUAGCUGUUCAUCUUAUGUUGGACGAACUGGUAGCCGGCAAGAUAUCAAUCUCGCUAGUGGGUGCUGGUCCCGCGGAAUUGUUGCUCAUGAAAUCGGUGAGUGAAGAAAAGCAGGGCAGACAUAGUCGAAAUCUGUAAACUGUUUAAAACAUGAGAUAUAAAGGCCAAGCUUUCUAAACUUCAUAACACACCAAUGACUUCCAAACAACUACAGAAAAUCUUUUAAUUCUUAUAACAAUCCAGCCUUCUUUUUUUUUUUUUUUUAAAUAUGUUGGACAUUGUUAAUCUCGUACCCAGAUCUGACUCUGUCUUACCUGGGCCUUGGGAGAUCUGGGUAAGAGAUCAGGGAUUUGCUUGUAGAAAGGAUUUGUUGAAUGCGUACUCGAUACGAAAAAAAUGUUAAUAAAAUAAAAUUCCAGCAGAAAAAUGCGACCGCUGUUCGCGUAUUCUGCGCAUGUGCCUUAAGGUAUGGAAUCAAUUUUGAUCGUUUUGUUUGCUUUCAGGGCACGCAUUAGGAUUCUAUCACGAACAGUCACGGCCUGACAGGGAUAGUUAUGUCACUAUCAUGUGGAACAACAUCAUUGAAAGUAAGUUGGAACAAAAUAGCAUAUAAUAGUUUACAUAAUGUGAUUUUGUCGAGUGAAUUCCUUUUUAGAAAUAUAAUGUUUCAACUUCUUCCAAUCCGCAGUGUUAGUAGCUCUGCAUUAGUUAUUAUAAUAGUUAAUGUGUAUACUUAUUAAGAAACAGUCCAGAUAAGAACGAUAGCAACAACGGCAACGAACAUGUUGGAAUGCAAAAAAGGUGCUAACUUUUCUAUUGUCUGUACUUACUUCUGAUUGGCUUAAACAGCAAAAGUUAACAAAACUUCAUAAAGCGGUAUAUAUAUUCAUCCUUACUUUCCAACCAUCAUCCAUAUAACAAAAUCUGGUCUCAGUUUGAAUAACAAAGAAAUCCUAUGUGGGGAACAUGUAAAAUUGUAAACUCUUCUUGGCUAUUGUUUUCAACUCUUGCGAUUGGUCAAAUUCUCUUAACACAAAAAAACACCCUUUCAAAGUGGAGUGUAAAUGCAUUUUAUUACGUAAACGGCCCUCAUGUCGGUUUAUGCAUUCUCUGGGUAAAAAUGAGAACAUUC